ACUGCCUAUUUAAUCAGCGCUCCGGAGGCUAUUUUGCUAUUACGGUGUCAACUCGACAGAAGAAAUGCCCGAUCAGAAGACUGCUCCCAAGAAGGGCGCUAAGAAAGCGCUGCCGAAGCCAUCAGGCAAGUCCGGCAAGAAGCGCAGGAGGGUGAGGAAGGAGAGUUACGGCAUCUACAUCUACAAAGUGAUGAAGCAGGUUCAUCCCGACACCGGCAUCUCCUCCAAGGCCAUGAGCAUCAUGAACUCGUUCGUGAGCGAUAUUUUCGAGCGGAUCGCUGGCGAGGCUUCCCGCCUAGCCCAUUACAACAAACGAUCGACUAUCAGCUCUCGGGAGAUCCAGACCGCCGUGCGCCUGCUGCUUCCCGGUGAGUUGGCCAAGCACGCCGUGUCGGAAGGGACAAAGGCCGUGACCAAGUACACUAGCUCCAAGUGAAGAGUGCCGCCAAAACAAACCGAAGACCCAAAGGCUCUUUUAAGAGCCACUCAAUCUUUCAUUAACAGAGCUGCAGCUCUUCAUAAUCUAGUUCGUAUUUUAUCUAUGUUAAUCAGAAUAUGCUGUCCAUUGCUCGAUAUAAUAGUAAUGUCUCUUCCACAAGGAUAUUUUGCCCCUCCUCAUCACUUCGUCUUGGUUAUCACAAAUAGUAUCAGUGAAGUAGGCACUUGCUGUUCCUUCUCGUUUAAUUGUUUUGGGGAUGAGCUUUAUUAAUUUUUGUCCCAUUUUGAUGACUUCUCCGAAUCCCAUUUCAAUGCCAGACGGUUCUUGAACCAAUAACUUGAUAAAACUGCAGUCCUGGUUCGUUCAUAACUUCACGCAAUUCACACAGUCGCUGACCGGGAACUGAAACUGGGAAUCGAUUUUUGUUCUAACCCAGUAAAUCGUUGUAUUAAAUCCUCAGAAACAUUUGUAACAUUAGCUACACUUAAAAGAUUAGACGUAGCGGACUUCAGUAAUGGGUGAAUGCGGUAAGCAACACACUCACAAAAUGCUGGAGGAAUUCAGAAGGCAUCUAUGGGGGAAAAAUACAGGUUUGAACAAGUUUUUUGGCGGGCUGUUACAACAGUUCAUUUUUUUGGCGAGUAAACGGUUAUUUUACGCGCUUUUGCUUUUGAUUGGUAAAUAGGUCAGCUCUCUGGUUUAUCUGCUCUAUGCAAUGACAUUAA